GGAAGAUUGGAAAACUCUGCGAUUAUGCUGCUAAGAAUCCCUUGCGUAUGCCAAAGAUUUCAAAUUCUCUCGAGCAAAGGUGUUACAAGGAAUUGAGGAAUGAGAAUUUCCAGUCUGCAAAAAUAGUCAUGUGCAUAUACAGGAAGCUGCUAGUCACUUGCAAGGAGCAAAUGACCCUUUUCGCUAGUGGCUUGUUAAGGGCUGUGCAAGCCCUUUUGGAUCAAACUCGACAAGAUGAAAUGCAGAUAAUUGGAUGCCAGACUCUUUUCGAUUUUGUAAAUAAUCAGAAGGAUGGCAGCUACAUAAACAACUUAGAAGGGUUUAUUCCAAAACUGUGCCAAUUAGCACGGGAAGUUGGGGAUGAUGAUAGGUCAAGGAAUCUACGUGCAGCAGGACUUCAAGCUCUUUCAUCAAUGGUUUGGCUAAUGGGAGAAUACUCUCAUAUAUUCAGCGACUUUGACAAUGUUGUCGCUGUGGUCUUGGAAAAUUACGGCCACCCCAAAAUACAAUCAGAUGCUAACGAGAGUGACAGAAAAUGGGUAAACGAAGUUUUAAAAAAUGAAGGUCUCACCGCUCAUGCAGGCUCUCUUAUAUCUGUUCCUUCGUGGAGAAACGUUGUGAAUGACAAGGGUGAACUAAAUGUGAAAAUGGAAGAUUCCCAAGACCCUAGCUUUUGGUCCAAAGUUUGCCUGCAGAACAUGGCCAAGCUAGGUGAGGAGGCUAGACGUAUACUGGAGUCUUUGUUCCGUUACUUCGAUGAGGGAAAUCUAUGGUCAAAGGAAAAUUCUAUGGCAUUCCCAGUUUUGAGGGAUCUUCAAUUUUUAAUGGAGAAAGCUGGGCAAGGAACACACUUUCUGUUGUCCAUGUUGAUCAAGCAUCUUGAUCAUAAAAACGUUCUUAAACAGCCAAUCAUUCAGCUUGAUAUUUUAGAGGUUACCACCUCUCUUGCUGAACACGCAAACGUUGAGCACUCAGUGGCAAUAGUUGGUGCAAUAAGUGAUAUCAUGAGGCACCUGAGAAAGAGCAUGCAUUUCUCUCUUGAUGAUGCAAACUUGGGGGCUGAUGGAACAAAGUUGAACAGAUUGAUUUCUGUAGCUGUUGAUAAGUGCCUCAUCGAGCUAUCGGGAAAGGUUGGGGAAGCUAGCCCAAUUCUAGAUGCCAUGGCGAUGAUGUUGGAGAAUAUCUCAGCUGUUACAGAUGUCGCAAGAACCACGACUGCUGCUGUUUUUCGUGCUGCUCAAAUAAUAGCCUCUAUACCAAAUCUCCCGUAUCAAAACAAGGUUUUCCCUGAGGCCUUAUUCCAUCAGUUACUUCAAGCCAUGGUUCAUCCAGACCAUGAAACACGGAUUGGUGCUCACCGCAUAUUUUCUGUUGUGCUUGUGCCAACCUCAGUUUGCCCACGCCCUUCCUUAGUUAAUGCUGACUUAAAGAAAGGCAUGGGUCUUCCUCGAUCACUUUCAAGAACUGUGUCUGUCUUUUCCUCCUCAGCUGCCCUUUUUGAGAAGUUGAAGAAGGAUAAAUUUUCCUCAAUGCUAAACUCUGACCAGAUCAUAAAUGAAAGUGUCAUGUCAGAGGAUGAACCCCAAAGUAAUAAUGGUGAUAUCCUUGGCAGAUUGCAAUCCUCAUACAAUCAGACAUAUAGCACUAAGAAUCAAACAGUGGCCAUGGUUGAUGCAAACUCCGUGAAUGUUUCAAACUCUGACCCGGAUGUUGGCUGUCUAAGGCUUAGUAGUCACCAGAUAAAUGUCCUGCUAUCAUCAAUAUGGGCACAGUCCAUAUCUCCUGCAAAUACACCGGAGAAUUAUGAAGCUAUUGCUAACACAUACAGUCUUGUAUUGCUGUUCUCUCGUGCCAAGAAUUCCAGUCAUGAGGCCUUGAUUCGAAGUUUCCAAAUGGCACUUUCUUUGCGGGAUAUUUCUCUUAUGGAAGGAGGACCUCUUCCUCCAUCAAGACGAAGGUCACUCUUUACUCUGGCAACCUCGAUGAUUCUCUUUUCCUCUAAAGCAUUCAAUCUCCUUCCUCUGGUAGAUUUCACCAAAGCAGCACUUCAGGGAGAAACAGUAGACCCAUUUUUACACUUGGUUGAAGAUCGCAAGUUGGAGGCUGUCAAACCAGAUCAGCGGCAGACAACUGCUUAUGGUUCAAAAGAAGAUGAUGCUUCUGCUUUAGAUACUCUUUCAAAUGUAUCAUUCUCCAAGAAACAAAGCAGAGAAAUUCUUGUUGCUGAAAUUGUCAAAAGCUUGGAAAAUAUGUGCAACACUGAAAUGGACAAAAUGCGGGAGCAGCUUCUUAGCGAAUUCUUGCCUGAUGAUGCAUGUCCACUUGGAACCCGAUUUUUGGAAGCCGCCCAGAAAAUUCACAGGGUUGAUUCCAGAGAUGCCAAAUCCCUAAAGGAGGACACAGUGCCUUUCUCUCUAGAGGAUCAAGAAUUUGGGGAUGGAAUUGGAAUCCAUGCCAAGAAUAAUCCUGUAAAACUAACAGAAAUUCCGCAACUCCUAAGUGUGAAUCAACUUAUAGAAUCGGUUGUGGAUACAAAUCAUCAAGCGGGUAGAAUUUCCUUCCAUACAGCAAGUGACGUUUCAUACAAAGAAAUGACACUUCAUUGUGAAGCUCUGUUAAUGGGGAAGCAACAGAAGAUCUCGAGUCUUUUGAACCCCCAAUUAAGACAAGAGAGCUUGAUUAACUUGUCUCCUCGAAAACAUGAUGAAGCAACGAAGAACACAACUCCGUAUCCUCAGAUCAGUUCUUGCUUUCCUGCGGCGGUCGGGAACCCGUUCCUCCCCGGAGAAAUCGAGACAGCGUCUCCAAGAACGCUUGUGGGAACGGUACAGCCACGAUGCUCUACAGAAUUUCAAAACCAGGCUCAAUCAUUUAGGUUACCAGCCUCGAGCCCUUACGAUAACUUCCUCAAAGCAGCUGGCUGUUGAAUCGUUUUCAUGGUUUGCUUCUUCAUAACAUCAUAAGCCAGGAUAAAUACCCUUGUGCUUGUUUUUUUUUUUUUUUUUUUUUUUUUUGACGUCUCAAUCAUUUGCUAGGUCAGUCUCUAUAGGUUCACGGGUCUGUCUUUUUUCAUUCUUUCUUUCUCGUUAAUCCAAUUCUUUUGUUCCUUUACUUCCAUACGUAUGGGUAUUAUGUACAACGAACAAAAAUGGCUUUUAAGCCCUUUGAAGUGGAGAAAAUUGAUAUACGAAA